AAAAUCGACAAUACUAACGGAACUGCUAGUUAGUCAGUUGAUUACUCCGAGGCUUAUAUACAUACAUUACUAUGAAAAUCACAGUUAUUUUUCUAGGGCUGUUACUGCCCUUAUGCUUGACCAUCAGGGUAAAAGAAUUCGUGUAUAUAGAAGAUACGCUUGGUGGUGGGCUUGAUGCCGAAGAAUCCCAGGAACAAUUUUUUAAUACCUAUUUCGCUAAUGACGGAGAUACUUUUAACUGGGAUGACAUUCCAUCAAAAGACCUUAGUGGGAACUCUGUAGAUAUCGACAUUCCAGCCGGCAUCUUUGCAAAAUACCCUAUACCCGAGGAAGCACAUUUAAUUUCAAUAGGUGCAGAAGGUGUCGGAAUAACAGCUCAGCUGAAUGAAUUUGCAGAUAAACUUAUCCAUAAUUUCGGUCAUUUGCUUGCAAAAAAAGGUUUUGAUCCUGCUCAAUUACCCAACCAAACAUACCACUUUAUCUGGACAUUUAACUUAACAGAAGGGUGGUUGCAAGAUCUAGCCACUAUUGCCCGUCUCGACGAUGUCAUCGCAUCUUAUAAAUCCCAGACCAGAACUUUAAAUAUAGCCUUACCUUUACAGUUCGACACUUUAGUGUUUUCAUACAAAUACGAUCGUCAUGUCGCCUUACAUCAUAAAGGUACAGUACAAGGAAAGAUAAACAAGGUGAAGAUUGACUGUCAGCUCAGCUACAAUUAUGCAACCUACAAAGUACAUUUGGACAAGUUUGACAUACGAGACUCUGGACGUAUAACUGUUCAUUUUACGGGACAAGGACCAAUCGAUUGGAUCAGCGAGGCUUUAGUAAAUUCCCUCAGUCUCUUCCUACAUCCUAUUAUACUUAAUAUUAUUCAGCUUGUUAUUAAGAAGCCGAUUGGGCACAUUGUUGAUGGAGUAAAUGAUGCGAUCAGCAAUGUUUUUGUGCCCUAAAUGUCGUAUACUAAUAAAGCUAUCCAAGUUUCUUUGUUGUAUUUUCAUCAGAUCAUUAUUUGUUCUGCUCUUGCAUUUCAAUAGUAUGUAAACUUCGUUAAUUUAUUAUCGAAGUAGUGAAAGUUCAUAGCAAUUGUCA